AUGUCGACGGAUCUCGACAUAGCCUCGAUAUGCGCUGAAAUCGCUCAAUCCUACUCGCCGUGCGACGUGUCGGACGCGCUGCUGAAACUCCACGUCCCCUACGCGGGCUACCUUCGCGACAUCUCCCCCAUCCCCACACGCAAUGGCUCGACCACCCGCCUCGUCGCGCCGAUCAGCACCGUGCUCUUCGUCGACACGGCCCACGCGCCAGAGACACAGUACGACGGCCUAAUCGUGCCUCCUGCGCCCAACAUCCCGAGCGACAAGCAUUUCACCGACAUGGCGCCCACUGGUACUGUGGUCGUUAUGCAGCAGCCCGCCCACCAGGUCGCCUCCCUGCUCGGCGAUAUCGUGGCGACGCGGUACAAGGUCCGCGGCGUAAAAGGGUGCGUCAUCGACGGCCGGUCCCGCGACAUCGUGGGCUGCGGCGAGCUAUGCAAGGAUGGGUCCUUCCAGUGCUGGAGCAAGGCGCUGACGAGCCCCGGCACGAGCCUGCAGGCCAGGCCGUGGGCCGUGGACGUGCCGUUGAAGAUCGGGGACGUGGUCGUCCAGCCCGACGACGUGCUGGUCGCCGACGAAGCCGAGAGGGUGUGCUGUGUGAUUCCGCGGAAGAAGCUGAGUGAGGUAAUGCGGUUGUUGCCCGUGCACAAGGAGGCCGAUGACGGCUUGUUGGACGAUGUCCGGCGUGGGUUGGGCUUCAAGGAUGCCAUCCAGAGGUGGCCCAAGCAUUACAGUAACCAUUGA